CUGAAGUGUGUGUGUCUUCUAUGUGAGCAUACGAACUUCACCUGCCAAACAGAAGGGGCAUGCUGGGGCUCAGUCAUGCUGGCCAAUGGCAAAGAAGAGGUGACAAAGUCCUGCAUCUCACUUCCCGAGUUGAAAGCCCAGGUUUUUUGCCACAGUUCUAACCUCACGAAGACAGAAUGCUGCUUCACAGAUUUUUGCAACAACAUAACACUCCGCCUCCCAACAGCGGCAACAUCGCCUAGCUCAUCUAAGCUAGGACCAGUGGAAUUGACCAUAAUAGUUACUGUUCCAGUUUGCCUCUUGUCUGUAGCUGCAAUGCUCACCAUAUACACAUGCCAAGGCCGCCACUGCUCCUAUAAGAAGAAAAAAAGACAAAAUAUUGAGGAACCCCUUUCUGAAUGCAACUUAGUAAAUGCCGGGAAAACCCUUAAAGAUCUUAUCUAUGAUAUGACUACAUCUGGAUCUGGAUCUGGUUUACCUCUCUUGGUCCAGAGAACAAUUGCACGUACAAUCGUCCUUCAAGAGAUAGUGGGAAAAGGCCGGUUUGGCGAAGUGUGGCAUGGGAGGUGGUGUGGGGAAGAUGUGGCUGUGAAAAUCUUUUCUUCAAGAGAUGAAAGAUCUUGGUUUCGGGAGGCAGAAAUCUAUCAGACGGUUAUGCUGCGACAUGAAAACAUCCUUGGCUUUAUUGCUGCUGAUAACAAAGAUAAUGGAACUUGGACUCAACUGUGGCUCGUAUCUGAAUAUCAUGAACAGGGCUCACUAUUUGACUACUUAAGCAGAAACACCGUGACCGUAGAUGGGAUGAUUAAAUUGGCGCUCUCUGUAGCCAGUGGCCUCGCCCACCUACAUAUGGAAAUAGUUGGUACACAAGGUAAACCGGCAAUUGCACACCGUGAUCUAAAAUCAAAAAAUAUACUUGUGAAGAAAUGUGAAACCUGUGCCAUAGCAGACUUGGGCUUGGCUGUGAAGCACGAUUCAAUACUGAACAGUAUCGAUAUCCCUCAGAACCCAAGAGUAGGGACGAAAAGGUAUAUGGCUCCGGAAAUACUUGAUGAAACAAUGAACACUAGCAUCUUCGAAUCCUUCAAGCGUGCAGACAUAUAUUCUGUUGGACUGGUGUACUGGGAGAUAGCCCGGCGAUGUUCAGUUGGAGGGAACAUUGAGGAGUACCAGUUGCCAUUUUACGAUAUGGUGCCUUCAGACCCCUCAGUAGAGGAAAUGAGGAAAAUUGUUUGUGAACAGAAAUUUAGACCAAACAUUCCCAAUCAAUGGCAAAGCUGUGAGGCACUCCGAGUAAUGGGCAGGAUAAUGCGGGAGUGUUGGUUUGCAAAUGGAGCAGCUCGCCUGACAGCCCUGCGUAUAAAGAAAACCAUUUCUCAGCUUGGUGUACAGGAAGACUCCAAAGUCUGAAGGGAGUUAAAAAGGAAUCUCUCUCUCUCUCUCUUUCUCUCUCUGUGUGUCUUUGAUUUGAUUUUGUGUGUUUGUAUGACGUUUUUGCUUUGUUGUUUUUCCUUUGCUCUACCUCAAGAUAUACAGUAUUUAAGUGCCCAAAACUCAGCACUGAAAAGUAACUCUAAAGUUGACCGCUGGUGGGGGCAGCUCUGGGCUAUUUUUUUAAGAUAUCUCUUGUCUUGUUUUGAGAAGCAACACUGACUGGGUUUUGAUCUAUUUAGAUAGAAAAAGGGUUAGAAAAAUAGCAAAAAUGAGCCAGGAAAACAUACAACAGAAGACGAGCUAUAUUUUAUUAAAAGCUUUUUAUUCUACUUGAAACAAAACAGAUCACUGAUGAAUUGUCAUGCUCAAAAGAAAUGUUUGUUCUCCAUACAAAAUAUAAGGACCAAAUCCAUUACACAUAAGAAAAGUUCCCUUAAAUUUUGUACAAUAGGGAAUCAGUAUGUUUUUAUACACAGAAUGAAUCUGUUUAGAUGUAUUGUAUCUGCUAUCUAGUAACCACACCAACAAGAAUAGAAUAUUUCACAGAGAUGGUACUGAGGUACUGAACCCCAAUAAAUCCUUUUGAGGUUUUCUAGUUGGCAUUUUCCACUUAGGCAGGGCCAUCACUAUGAAACUGUACACUUCCAGCAAAUGGAAAAUGUUCCUUUAAAACAGGGGUGGGAAAUGGCCUUUGACAGACUAUAAACACAAAUCAAUGUUUAAUCUUGUCUGUGAAGAUGGGAGUCAGCUCAGUGACUGAGAUGUUUCUGAAGAAAUGUUUUGGUCCCUGUAAUUCAGGAAGACUGAGGACUGUCUUUGGGUGGUAUAGGUGCGUGGGGACCGCUAAUCACCCUGAGUCACAGAACUGCUCCAUUAGUGAUACUGUGGUAAUACUUCUUGGACAAUCUCCAAGAGGCAAAUGGAUGAUGUGGCCUGACCUGUAUGUUUCAUCCUCCUACUGCUUCUCUACCUGGAACUGGAGAGGGCAUUUCCAAGAAGGCAGAACUGGAAACCUGACAUCAGAAAGCCUGUUGUCCUUCAGUCAGGAAGCUUUAACCUGAAAACCACUUCUCAAGGUGGCUGGACACACCAGUUUGAAACGUGUUUUGAAGAAAUGUGUCCUAGGGCAGCACAAAUCCUGUGGCUCUGUCUGAUGAUCUAGAUGUGAUCUACUAGGAAAUUGUUGAGGUGUGGAAAAUCACUACAUUUGAAAAUCACUACAUUGUCUCAUGGUACAGGCCUGGGAUAUCUCUAGAAAGAAAGUCUUAAUCUUCUACUUUGGUGUAAUCCCUGAAAAAUCUGAUGGAAAAAAAAAAACAUUUCUUUUCGGACUUCCAUCGUCUAGCACACGGCACAGAAUAUGUUAGACUUAGUAACAGAAUGAACAGGUUAAGACCUUCUUAAUUUUUUUUUUUUGGCUGUAGAUGUGGUCUUAGGGUUUCAUCAUUCAAAAAUCUCAGUUUUGGAGGUAAUUCAGCCAUUUAAAUAUACAUUGGAUGAAAGAUUCCAAUAAGAGAUCUCAGAAACAUUCAU